AUGCGCUUUUCCCUCGCGGUGCUGGCCACCGCCGCCCUACAGGCGACUGUCGGUACGGCGUCGAUUCUCACGCCCCCAGUCCUGCCGUUGAUCGUGCGGAACCCCUACCUCAGCACUUGGUUGGGAAAUGCACGUCAGGAGCCAUGGUCAAAAUGGCCUAUUUUCUACACCGGGGAAGAAAUUGGCUUCUCCAUCAUGGCGCAGGUCCCUAGCACCGGAUCGGUAUAUCCGUUGUUGGGCAAGCCCCAUGAUUAUUUGAAAUCGGGUUCUGGAUACAAGGUCCAAUUUCCAAACUACACCGGUCUCAAUUUCGAUGCUUCGACGACUAAUCUAACCUACCAUAUCGAGUCUUCUUCUGCCCCGUUCGAUAUCACGGUCUCGUUCCUGUCUCCUAUAACACCGACAUCGACUCUGCGGCAGUCGAUUCCGGCGUCCUAUGUGACAGUUCAUGUCCAUGGCGCUGUUGACGUCAACAUAUACAUGGAUGUAAAUGGGCGCUGGGUGAGCGGAGAUGCUGGGAGCCCUAUUACAUGGAGGCAUGAUGUUCUGGGCUCCAAGAAAGACCACGAUCAGGUUAGUCUCCGGAGGUGGCAGAUUCAAAGACAGAAUGAGCUGCUCCUUUCGGAGAUUUCAGAUCGUGCGGAAUGGGGAACCCUUCACUUCACUGGGCCUGCUGAUGCCCAAUGGCAAUCUGGAGAGGCUUCUGAUGUUAGACGGGGUUUCGCAAAGAAAGGAGCCCUCAUUAACGAGAAUGAUGAGUGGCACCGUGCUAUUGGGGACCGAGAGCCGGUCUUUUCACUCGCCAAGUCUUUCAGCUCCAAAAAUGCCAAAGGCAGCGACCACACCCAAAGCGUGACAUUUACUAUUGCACUCAUACAGGACCCGGUCACCCAAUUUGCUGCUAGCCGUGGAUUGACUUUCAUGCGUCCACUCUGGCGGUCAUGGUUUUCAAGCGCCGAGGAACUCCUUCAGUUCCACUACAAUGAUCUCUCGAAUGUCGCUGCUCUGGCAUCGAGUUACUCGGAACAACUGGCACGAGAUGCUUACCUAUCAGGUGCAGAUGACUAUGUCGACAUUGUCGCUCUCUCUGCUCGGCAGGUUAUGGGUGCCACCCAGUUUGCUGGUACUCCGGACGACCCAAUCCUGUUCCUAAAGGAAAUCUCCUCCAACGGCAACUUCCAGACCAUUGAUGUUAUCUUCCCUGCGUUCCCAUUCUUCAUGUAUACUAACCCACGGUGGUUGGCGUAUCUCUUGGAGCCCUUGAUCGAGCAUAUGCUUAGUGGACAAUACCCGAACACGUAUGCUAUGCAUGAUUUGGGAACUCAUUUCCCUAAUGCAACCGGCCACCCAGACGGAAAUGAUGAGUACAUGCCCGUGGAAGAGUGUGGGAACAUCCUCAUCAUGGGCCUGGCACUGGUAAACUCGCUCCUCUACAACGAAGACUCGGCUGCAUCCUCUAUCUGGUCUACCAAGGGAGCACCCGCACAAGUACUGGCAAAACAGCAACAGGGAUUCUUCCCCCUUGGUGAUCUCUACAAAGUAGAUGGAAUUGAGAAUAUUGACCAGAACUGGGGCGGUGGCUCGGAGGGCCGGCGCCUUGCGGAAAACUGGAUCAAACGAAGUUACGGACUCUGGCGUCAAUGGACAGGUUACUUGGUUGAAUUCUCUCUGAAGCCGGAGAAUCAGCUUUCUACCGACGACUUUGCUGGCCAGCUUGCUCUUCAAACGAACCUUGCGUUGAAAGGAAUCGUGGGUAUCAACGCCAUGAGCAAGAUAGCUGAGGUGGCAGGACGUGAUGAGGACGUAGCGUACUACAAGAACAUCUCCGACAUCUACGUCGCCAAAUGGGAAGAGUAUGGAAUGUCCAGAGACGGCAGCCACGCGAAGCUUGCAUACGACUGGUACGGAUCCUGGACUACCCUCUACAACCUAUACGCCGACGCCCAGCUCUGCUUCCACCUAGACGGCACCGAUAUCGCCUCGUCUUCCAAUCACCACCACCACCACCAAAAGCCCCUCCACCCCGGCGACGGCGACGACAAGAAGAUUGGCUUCGUCCCCCGACACGUCUACAAAAGCCAAUCCUCCUGGUACAGCUACGUGCGCCAGAAAUACGGUCUCCCCCUAGACAACCGCCACCUCUACGCAAAGACUGACUGGGAGUUCUUUGCGAUGGCCGUGACAGGCCAGGACACACGCUCUGAGAUCCUCGAAUCCGUCGCCAAAUGGGUGAACGAGACCGUCAUCGACCGCCCCCUUACUGACCUCCACGAAACAGAGGGCGAUGGCGGAUACCCGCAUCCCGACUUCUUCGCACGGCCUGUGGUAGGUGGGCAUUUUGCCUUUUUAGCUCUGGAGCGUGCGUGUGGAGGUCGAGCAAUGGAGGGAUUAGAGUUUCUGAACGACCACGAUGAUGCCAUCGAGGCGCUCGCCGCUAAAGCCGCUAAGGAGUUCAAGGGUAACAAGUACCACUACGGGCCCGAUGGGGAUGAGCUGUGA